CCUCAGUAAACUUCACCAGGAGUAGGGAUGCUACUCCCAUUGUGUUUGUUUUACUUUCACCACUAGACGAGAGUUAGUCUCCAGGAGCGAGCAGGAUGUCUGUGGGCAUGACCAGGGCGGAUGGGGUCACUAUAUUGACUUUGACCUCCGACCCCAAAAGUGCUUGUUCACCUCUAUGCCAAAUCUUCAAGGCCCUUUGCUACAGCCCCGUAUGCUGCUCUGUGUCUCAGCAGCUGAGGAGGGAGCAGAAAACGUCUCAGUCAGUACUGGGGGCUCUGCAGAUUAUGGUCGGCUGGUUGAACAUUUCCUUUGCAGCCAUCCUCUGGUGCGGUCAUGGCCCUUGGUGGAUAAUGGAUAUCAUGUUUCCUUUUUGGCUUGGUGGAUCUUUCAUAGUUUUUGGCAUCACGUGCAUUUUGUCUGAGAAGUUUCCCAGUCGAUGUCUGGUCAUCAUCAACGUGAUUCUGAAUCUGGCAGGGGUUGGUUUUGCCAUCACAGCCAUUGUACUGCACUCCAUCAGUUUGGCAGAAAGAGAUUGGGAGUUGUGGGGGAAGUGCAGAGAUUACAGUUAUGACUACGGGUAUGGCCGUUAUGGAAGGACGACGGCAAGUCCAUCUCCUGAGAAGCUGAUCAUGAAGGAGAAAUGCUUGGAGGCAAAAGCACUGGUUCUUAUGCUUAUUAGAAGCAUGAAUGCUGUGCUGAUCAUCUUGUCGGCCCUUGAGCUCUGCCUCGUCAUCAGCUCUGUUGUCAUGGGGAUCAAAGCCCUGAAGAGCAGUCAGAAGGGAAAACAAGGUAGAAGCACUGAUGAACCAGAACACUACAAACCACCUGUGGAAGAGGUCACCACUUACCCUGUAGUCUAAAUGAACAUCUGUAAGACUGUGCAUUUACACCACUGACUGUAAACACAAUCAGCCAUAAGGUCAGGGGUAUGUUUUCCAUCAGGGGUUGCUUAAAAAUAUUUGCACUUAUAUUUUUGAUUAUAAUCUUUACUAGAUUGUAUGUGCUGCUUUCCAUAUUAUCCUCUGCUUUUUUAAACUGUUCCUAUUGAUUAUGAAUUUCUGUGCCAUGUGCCUUAUAGUCAGUAUGUGUGCAGGUGACAGGAAGGUACCUGCAUGUAUAAUGUGGUAUUGUUUGACAGGGUUUGGGCGUUUUUUUUUUGUUCUAUUUAAUCAUUAUUUUAUGAUAUUAAGCCACAUUUAUUUCUAUAUAUGAAACAGUUUAAUGACUAGUUGUGCUCUAUAAUCACAAAUUAUCUCAAUGGUUAUAAAGAAAUGCUGUCAUGUGAAGUGAAAAAUUGAAUUAAAGCCAUUUUUUGCUCAGUAUAGUCAAUCCAGCUGAUGUGACUGUCAUUUUAUCUGUACCAAUAUGAAUACACUGUACUUUUUGAUUGAGUUUUACCUUUUUUGGUAUCAAUCUGAGAACCUGUAUCAGAAGAAGACGUUUUAAUCAUGUUAUCACACAGAAAGUAUUCUGGCCAGGAAAUAUACCAGUUUAUAAAUCCCCCUAAUGUGUCAUUUGUCAGGUCAGUUAUGUUGAGUUCAGUAUAGAUCACUGUUUCUUCAGUUGACCUCAGUGUGAUUUAAAGGGUCCUAGUUUUGAAAUAGUUAUUCUUUCAUUCAUAUAUUUUUGUAUUUUGGAAAAAACUUUUUUUUUUAAAUUUUAAGUCAAGUUGUAAAUAAAUUAACAUUUUGUG